GCGUCUUGGGAGGAGCAUCACACCUGACGAGAACGUCGUGCGGUAACUGUAAGCCAUCGCCAUUUCACUCUCCGACCAGGUGACGGCUUGUUUUGAGACGGUUGUCGAGAACUCCAAGCAGAAUAGUAUCCUCGUGUGGAAGCACCUGCUCGAUGCAUUCGAGUCGAAUACGUAACCGACGCCGUCGCUAGAUGCCCGGCACCAUCUACCGCCACAAUAUUAUGCGGAACAUCGACCGCGGCGCCCCCGAAGGCGAGACUACACUAGAUGGCCAAGGGACACGUCGAGGCACAGGAGCACGUCUAGAUGGACCGCUCUACGGCCAACUCAGAUGCACCAGAGCUCACGUCGGCUGGCGGCGGUAGUGAUUGGAACAACAGUGACGGCGGCAAGGACAAUGAGGCUGGUGUCGGUAUCAAGCUCGAUGACCAUGGGACGUUGAGAACGCCGAGUUCAGAGUGCGCUCUGAUUAUUCAGUUUGCCUGCCAUGGUUCUGCAAGUCCCUUAGCCACCUCAGACAAACGUCCAGUGUGCCAAUGCUGAUUGAGGUCAUCCUUUCCCCUCCGCUCUUGCAGAUGCCCAUUGCAGCGCUACUGUGUAGCAACAACUCUUAGACUAUUUACGCCCUCGGCUAUCUAGCGAGAUUGAGUAAUCUGGGAAGAGUUAGACUUGGGACCUCGCUACACCACUGUGUUGCCAACACAGACGGCUUCGAACAUCCACUCGUUAAUCAAAGAGUCUUGAGGUGGGCAUCGCUGGCCGUCAGCUCCAAACCAUGUUUGGUAUUUAAAUGUCACACAAGAGGCUGGAUAGAAUGUGAGAUUAGCAAGAAAAAUAGUUUGCAUUCGCAUGUGAAGUACACUCAUCAUGUAACCAUGACCAGAUUCACAACGUCGAAGCGAAGGUAGAUGGGCUGGGACAAUCUCCCUUGGCUAACUUAUCUGUUAUGGCUAGCGAUAAUUCAUAUUGAUUAGGGGGCCUGGCGUGCCACGUUCGUGUUGCAUGUCAGACGGGUCCCACAAGG